UCUCUGCAAUUCUCUUGUUAAAAAGCGCAACUAAAUAGAAUAACUCUCGGUUAUCUGACCUCGUACAUCUCCAAUUCAUAGCGACAAGCGGUUCUCCACCUGUGUAUCUUGUCUGGGCGUUUAUCCGGCGUAUGAAUGGACCCGACAUGGAGGAGAUGCCGUUUCACAAAGUCAAGACCCGGCGGAAGAGAAGCCACUGCCCGCCCGGUGUUAUCGCUUGCGAGGACGAAUUCGACUGCAAAGAGUUCGAGUCUCUCUUUCACAACUACAACCUGAAGCUGGAGCAGACAUCCACUCUUAAAGCGCUGUCCGUGCUCAUUCUGAUGACGUCCAGUCUGAGUCUGCUGGAGCUGCUGUCCGGACCUAGUCUCACCAUCUCAAAGGGCUCGUACCCCGUGCACUUUAUCAUCUUCAUCUCCCUCUUUAUCGUUACCAAUGUCAAGUACCUCCAGGUGACUCAGCUGCAGCAGAUUGUGCACCUGACUCUGCUCUUCAGCUUCACAUUCUCUUUGCUUUGCUGUCCGUUUCCGUACGUGUCCGGCGGUUCCGGUCCGGAUCAGGGCUUGUGGCAGCUCGUGCUGCUCACAUUCGUGGCGUACUGUCUUCUGCCGGUUAGGACUUUGCUGGCUCUGCUGUUCGGGAUCAUGCUCGGUGUAUCUCAAGUGAUAGUCACAGCCACGUCAAUCACGAUCAAGACGCACAAACUCUGGAGAACGUUGGUUGCGAACACAGUGCUCUUCACGGGUGUGAAUAUAUCUGGUCUGUUUGUCCGAAUGCUGACAGAGAGAGCUCAGAGGAAGGCAUUUCUUCAGGCCCGAAACUGCAUUGAGGAGAGAUUGCGCAUGGAAGACGAGAAUGAAAAACAGGAGCGUCUCUUGAUGAGUCUGUUGCCCAGGAAUGUUGCAAUGGAAAUGAAAGAAGAUUUCCUUAAACCCCCAGAGAGGAUCUUUCACAAGAUUUACAUACAACGGCAUGACAAUGUCAGCAUCUUAUUUGCAGAUAUCGUGGGCUUCACCAGUCUGGCGUCCCAGUGCACUGCACAAGAGUUGGUCAAGCUCCUAAAUGAGCUCUUUGGCAAGUUUGAUGAGCUGGCUACGGAGAAUCACUGUAGGAGAAUCAAGAUAUUGGGCGACUGCUAUUACUGCGUUUCAGGACUAACACAACCCAAAACUGACCAUGCUCACUGCUGUGUGGAGAUGGGUCUGGACAUGAUCGAGACAAUUACGUCAGUAGCUGAGGCCACUGAGGUGGAUCUGAACAUGCGUGUGGGGCUGCACACAGGCCGUGUGCUCUGUGGGGUGUUGGGUCUGAGAAAGUGGCAGUAUGACGUGUGGUCAAAUGAUGUGACGUUAGCCAAUGUGAUGGAAGCUGGUGGACUACCUGGGAAAGUGCAUAUCACACGCUCUACACUAGACAGUUUGAAUGGAGAUUAUGAGGUGGAACCAGGAAAUGGCCACGAGAGGCACUCUUUUCUUCUCAAACAUGACAUUGAAACAUUCUUCAUAGUACCAAGUCACCGCAGAAAGAUUUUUCCUGGCCUUAUCCUCUCAGACAUCAAACCUGCUAAAAAGAUGAAGUUUAAGACAGUGUGUUAUUUACUGGUGCAGCUGAUGCACUGCAGAAAGAUGUUCAAAGCUGAGAUUCCCUUCUCCAGUGUGAUCACCUGUGAGGAUGGAGAUAAGAAAAGGGUGCUUAGCUCCGCACCAGAGAAGCUCGGAAACCGGACUUCAGUAUCAGCAAAUGCCACUCAAAGCAGUCCGGGAACAAGAGUAAACCGCUACAUCAAUCGCUUGAUUGAGGCCCGGCAGACAGAAUCUGACACAGCUGACCUGCACUUCUUCACACUCAUCUAUAAAGACUCUGAGCGGGAGCACAGGUAUCAUCAGCUGAAUGAUGAGUAUUUCACUGCCGCUGUGGUGCUGUCUCUGUUCUUCGCUGCGAUGUUUGGCAUCCUCUACAUACUCAUCAUACCACAGGGGACCGUGGUGUUGGUACUCUUGGUUUUCUGCAUUUGUUUUCAAGUGGCAUGUAUCAUGUAUUUGCACAUCACUAGAGUUCAGUGUAUUCCUGGGUGCCUCACCCUACAGAUCCGAACAGUUCUGUGUGUAUUCAUAGUGCUACUUAUAUAUGCAGUGGCCCAGGCCUGUGUGGUGGGCUGCAUGUCGUGGCUUUGGAUCACCAAUUUUACUCACUCCAUUGUUAUCAUUGACACUACUGGUGGGGUCAACCACACCAUGGCAGAGCUUCCAUGUGAGGGGUCCCAGUACACUUUUUUAUGUUGCAUGGUGGGCACACUGACAGUGGCACUCUUCCUUCGAGUUUCUUGGGUGUCUAAAAUGGUCCUGUUAUUAGUGCUGGUGCUGAUAUACAUUACAAUUCUGGAGCUCAGUGGAUUCAGACGAAUUUCGGGGUCUGGUUUGAUCAGUAGUUUGGAGCCCAUCCUUUCUCUAACGGUCUUCUCCACCGCACUGGCCCUGCACUCCAGGCAUCUGGAUCUUAAACUGCGCCUUGACUUUCUAUGGGCCACACAGUUUCAGCAGUGUUAUAUUAAUAAUCCAGAGGAGAACCGGCCCUCCCGGUUGAGUCUAGUCUCUCCCAAGGCAGAAGAGGAAAGAGAUGGCAUGGAAAAAGUAAAACUUGACAACAAAAGAAUUCUCUUUAACCUGCUGCCUGCACAUGUGGCUCAACACUUCUUACAGUCAAACCCAAGAAAUAUGGAUCUAUAUUACCAGUCCUAUGCUCAAGUAGGGGUUCUUUUUGCAUCCAUUCCAAACUUUAAUGACUUUUACAUUGAGCUGGAUGGCAACAACAUGGGCGUAGAGUGUUUAAGACUCCUGAAUGAGAUCAUCGCUGACAUUGAUGAGCUCAUGGAUAAAGAGUCCUACAAAGAUAUUGAGAAGAUCAAAACCAUCGGCAGCACGUACAUGGCAGCAGUUGGAUUGGUGCCCACCAUUGGAACCAAGUUGAAGAAUUCCACUGAAGCUCACUUAAGCACAAUAGCAGACUUUGCCAUUGAAAUGUUUGACGUCCUUGAUGAAAUCAACUAUCAGUCAUAUAAUGAUUUUGUAUUGAGAGUGGGUAUUAAUGUAGGCCCAGUAGUAGCAGGGGUAAUCGGAGCUCGAAGACCACAGUAUGACAUUUGGGGGAACACAGUAAACGUUGCCAGUCGCAUGGACAGCACAGGUGUCCCAGGAAAGAUCCAGGUUACAGAGGAUGUCUACCAGUUGCUUCAGAACAACUAUGAUCUGGUGUGUCGCGGUAAUGUCAGCGUGAAGGGCAAAGGUCAGAUGAUUACUUAUUUCCUAGAGGGCAAAGCACAGGAUGCAGGCAACAGAGCACCACAUCACACUGGUGGUCUAGAGCGGAGAGUUCAUGCCAUCGCUCGCACCACUAGUGCACAAACCAAGACUGAUAGUACCUCAGCUAUCACCUCAAGCUUUGUUGCUAGGGUUGGCAUAAGCAACACCCAAGGGACACACAGUCGCAGCGCUGCCACCUACAUACCAACUGUAGAAGAAAUGGAGGAGACCCAAGAAGAAAGUGUGUUGUAGGAGGAAAGAUCUCAGUAUCUAAACUGAAUGACAUAACAGGGACAGAGCUGUGAAGAGUGAAAAAACUGUCGAUUCCAUGAUUGUCUUCCAUUUUGUAUAAUAUCCCUUCCCCAAAGCAUCUGCUUUCUCAUUGGUCUACAUUCCAAUUUAGAUCAAUAUUAAAUCCAAAUUGACCCUUUACUUUUUUAUAACACAAUUUAAAUGCACAAUAAGUCCUUAGUUAUACAUUUCAAGGCUUUGUUGUCCACAAUUUGUAAGCGUGUGCUGUUCCCAACGAGGAAGAAUGUUUGUCUUUAUGAUCUAACAUCAAAAAUAACUUGAUAUGAUUCUCAAAUGACUUAUUUUGCAGGUGAUGUCAUAAAGGCUGUGUGCAAGCUAUUGGUCAGAUUGACCCAGCAGCCAUAGGGCAAUUUAUGCACUGUUACUUUUUUAAGCAAUACAAGCUUCUUAAAUCUUGUCAAAAGUUCAUAAAGUAAUUCAAUGUUAUCAACAGAAAUAAAGAUUUUAGCAAAUGCAGCAAAUAACCAUUUCAAGAACUACCAUUGAGAUGUCUUAAUGUAUUCUAGAGGAUGGACUUAAUCUCUAGCCUGCAUACAUAUAAAGGUCAAAGAGGCAUUGUGGUGUUUCAAGAGGGAAGUUCCCAUCUGGAACAUUUUGGAAGCCAAAUGGAUUGUGAAUCCUGUAUAAUGUUUCAUGACUUUAAAUGCUCAACAUUUCUUUUAAACAUAAACAGUUUUCAUAUUAAAAAUAAAAUGUGUGCACAGCUACUUUACAAGACAAUA